GGUACGGUCAAUUUUGAUCGUCAAUCCGACAUCGCAAAAUUUAUUUGAUAUGUUAUUUUCUGGGUGUUCUCUCACGUUUUGGAAGACCAAAAGAAAAACUCGAUUGAUCGAAAAAAAUCAUGCAACUAAAGGCCGGAGAAUAUUGACAUCACAAUGGUCAAUUUUGAUCGUCAAGUUGAUUUGAUCUGUUGAGGAAAAGAAGCUCGAUCGAUCGAUCGAAAAAAAUAUAUAUGUUAAACGAAGGCCAGAGAAUGAAUCCACAGAACACACAAUGCAUAAUCCAACCAGACUAUCAAUCCUUUAUAAGGUUCUCUACCGUGUGUCCCAACUCACCGACCGGGCUCCCAGAAAGCCCAGAACUGGAGUCGAUUCACGCGGCGAACGUUGAAGGAGAAGAGCAUGGCCGCGAAAUCGGCCCAAGAGGAGAGCUUUUCCUUCCCCCGCGGUUCGAACGCCAAGCAAUCGAAGAAGCGUGUAUGAAUCUGAUGCCUCCGAAUAACCAGAAGAAGUCUCAAUGAUGAAUAAAUGUGGUUGCGUCCAAGGUGUUUGUGGAUGUGUCGACAAGAACUUUGUCGUCUUAGAAGGUUGGCUGGAACGAUUGGGAUAUUGGCUUUGUUGUUGCUGUUAUUGCGAUCUAAAUGUGAUGAUGGAAUUCAUGUUUGUGACGCACAUGAAGAGUAUAAUCAGAUUCGGGAGGAGACGGUGAGAUCUCCAGGGGUGUUCGCAAGUUGCAGCUCAACUCGUCAGAAACUCGGCCGAGUCUGGAACUGGUAGCACCGAGUCAUGGAACUCGCCCGAGUCAUGGAACUCGCCCGAGUCUGAAACCACCUGAUUUAUGUGAAGUCGCAUGUGGGUACGGUCACCAAGAUGAGCGUAAGAUGAGCGUGGUUUUUAGCAGCAUCCCGUCCUUUGAAGAAUAGCUAGGGCAUCAGCGGUGAGCCUUCCACCUCUCCGCCGCGCCAUGCACCGCUGGUUCCAGGACCCAAGGCGUGACCGCCGCGGCGGAGCGGGGGCCAGGGGCAACGGAGAGGAGCGGUAAAGAAGGAAUCUUAAAGGUGGAAUCCCUGCAUGAUCGGCGAGCGCUGAGUUAACUAUCUUAGUGCUGUUCUUGAAAAGCCAAUCUCCUGCGACAAUGUGUUCGACUGGCAGAAUCAUUUUGUUAGUUUUUGGGUGUAUAGGUUUUCUUGCAACUUCGGUUUCUUGAGGGGCAGAUGAAUCUGGAGGUGGUUAUCCUGAAAGAAGACACAGAAAAAAAUAAAGAAAAAACAAGCAAAAAGAAUCCCGACGAUACAAAAGGGGUGGCAAGCUGCUAUGUUUUCAAGAGUCGCUUGCAAGAGUAUGCACAAAAAGUAGGCAUUCCUACACCUGUGUAUCAGACCCUCAAGGAAGGUCCUUCCCAUGAGCCUGUUUUCAAGUCAACAGUUAUUGUUAAUAAUACUAGAUAUGAUUCUCUUCCUGGUUUUUUCAACCGCAAGGCUGCGGAACAGUCUGCUGCUGAGAUUGCACUCAUGGAAAUUCACAAGUCUGGCCUGAUGACUGAAAAUAUGCCUACAGUUCACGAAACCGGCCUAUGCAAGAAUCUACUUCAAGAGUAUGCACAGAAAAUGAACUAUGCAAUCCCAUCCGAUAUAUGCACCAAAAAUUCCUCUGGAGCAACUCCUUUUACAUGUACAGUUGAGAUUGGUGGAAUUCAAUACAUAGGAGCUGCAGCAAGGACAAAAAAGGAAGCUGAGAUAAAAGUAGCAAGGACAGCUCUUUUAGCGAUACAGAGUCAGUCUCAGGGGGGCAUAGGUGGUGCCUUGCAGUACACUGUCCUUCCAGGCAAAAGGAAGGUGAAGGAGCCAGAGCUGCCAGCUGAAGCAGUGAAAAAGAUUAAACCCAAGAAGGCCAACUUUAAGAAGUGGUCGAAAAAGCAGUUCCAACGAAGUAAAGACAAUCAAGUAGUCCAGUCAACCAAAAAUGAAACUGAGGUUUAUAUGCUAGAAGAUGCUUCAAGGGUGCCCAGCAGUGCUAUCCAAAUCGAGGAGGCUGCUCAUGAUUCUUGAGGUGAGCAUGAUCAGUCCAAAUCUGGAGACCUGAGCUCGUAGUGACUGUAGAAACAAGUGGAUAAUUGGAUGUGAAUGGUGAAAUUUAGAGCUUUGUUGAGAUUGGUAGUCUGUAAAUUUAGGUCUCGACACACCAUAGAGUUACAAAAAUCACUUGUGUGAGUCUAGUUUAGAGUCAGCAUAGAAGAACAGGUUCUGGUUGGAUGUUGUUUUCAGUCUACAAAGUACUGGGCAGUCUCUCUGUUGGCCAUUAUUUCUUGUUCUUCAAUCUAUUAUAGUUUACUGUCCAAAAGUAGGUUUCAGGGAACUACUUGUGACAAAUUACUCAUUUGGAUUAAUAUGAUCAUGUGUGAGAGGAAUUAGUUA